GUUUGGGCUUAUUGAGCCUGCGCUAACAGAAAAAGAGGAGGUUCCCGAAUAGAGUCUUUUAUUUAUUUCUUUGUUUCCAGUGGGGAAAAAUAAUAACAGCGACAUUUACCACAGGCACUUUAUUUAUUAUCUUUGUCCGUAUACACAAGAAAACUGGAUAAGAUUACAGUGGUUACUCGAAGGCCAAAGCCAAGGGGAGGAGGAUGAAGCGGCGCAAUGCGGACUGCAGCAAACUCCGACGGCCGUUAAAACGGAACCGAAUCACCGAGGGUAUAUACGGCAGUACCUUCCUCUACCUGAAGUUCCUGGUGGUGUGGGCACUGGUGCUGCUGGCAGAUUUUGUACUUGAGUUCAGGUUUGAAUACCUCUGGCCAUUUUGGCUCUUCAUCCGGAGUGUGUACGACUCCUUUAGAUACCAGGGGCUGGCCUUCUCAGUAUUCUUUGUGUGUGUGGCGUUUACCUCGGACAUCAUUUGCCUCCUCUUCAUCCCAGUGCAAUGGCUAUUCUUUGCUGCCAGUACCUAUGUGUGGGUGCAGUAUGUUUGGCACACAGAGAGAGGAGUCUGUCUACCCACCGUGUCUCUAUGGAUACUCUUUGUAUACAUAGAGGCAGCCAUCAGAUUCAAAGACCUGAAGAACUUUCACGUGGACUUGUGUCGUCCUUUUGCUGCACACUGCAUUGGCUACCCCGUGGUCACGCUGGGCUUUGGCUUCAAGAGCUACGUAAGCUAUAAAAUGCGCCUCCGUAAGCAGAAGGAGGUGCAGAAGGAGAAUGAGUUUUACAUGCAGCUCCUACAACAGGCUCUGCCUCCGGAGCAACAGAUGCUACAGAGGCAAGAGCGAGAAGCAGAAGAAGCAGCAGCUAAAGGAAUAUCUGAAGUGGACACACCUCCAGUGUCACAGAAUGGCACUCCAGCCAAUAAAAAGACAUCGGCACCACUGCCGGAACUAGAGUAUAGAGAAAAAGGGAAAGAGGGAAGGGGCGGUGGGGAAGCUAAAAAGCAACACAACAGCAACAGCAUCCUACCGUCAUCAGUGGACUCUAAACUCCAGGAGAUGGAGUAUAUGGAGAACCAUAUGAACAACAAGAGACUGACCACAGAGCUGGGCAGCACAGAGAACCUGUUGCUUAAAGAGGACAACAAUUCUUCAUGUUCCUCCUCAUCAUCCUCCUCCUCCAAAAAUUACAAAAAUGCUAGCAGCAAUGCCGCGACACUCAACUCCUCACCCCGUGGCCAUAGUGCAACCAACGGCAGCGUACCCUCCUCUGCACCAUCAUCUUCCUCUUCCACGGGGAAGAAUGAGAAGAAGCACAAGUUAGCAGUGGGGAAAGGGACAUCAGGUGGCUCCCACAGGGAUCCCACAGACAACUGUAUCCCCAACAACCAGCUGAGCAAGCCAGAAGCACUUGUUAGGUUAGAGCAGGAUGUUAAGAAGCUGAAGGCGGACCUGCAGGCCAGCCGGCAGGUGGAGCAGGACCUACGCAGCCAGAUUGGCUCCCUGGGCAGCGCUGAGCGCUCCAUACGCACUGAGCUGGGCCAACUGCGCCAGGAGAAUGAACUGCUGCAGAACAAGCUCCAUAAUGCUGUGCAGGCGAAGCAAAAGGACAAACAGGCAGUGGGCCAACUGGAGAAGAGGCUCAAAGCAGAGCAGGAUGCUCGAGCUACUGCCGAGAAGCAACUUGCAGACGAAAAGAAGCGAAAGAAGUUAGAGGAGGCCACAGCAGCCAGAGCAGUAGCACUAGCAGCAGCGUCCAGAGGGGAGUGUACAGACACGCUGCGGCGGCGGAUCACUGAAUUAGAAACGGAGUGUAAGAAAUUAACAAUGGAUAUCAAACUAAAGGAGGACCAGAUCCGAGAGCUUGAAUUAAAAGUGCAGGAGCUUCAUAAAUAUAAGGAAAAUGAAAAAGACACAGAGGUGCUGAUGUCAGCACUGUCAGCAAUGCAGGACAAGACCCAACACCUGGAGAACAGCCUGAGUGCAGAGACCAGGAUCAAACUGGACCUCUUUUCUGCACUUGGAGACGCCAAGAGACAGCUGGAGAUUGCACAAGGUCAGAUCCUGCAGAAGGACCAGGAGAUCAAAGACCUGAAGCAGAAGAUUGCCGAAGUAAUGGCCGUCAUGCCCAGCAUCUCUUACACAGCCGACACCAGCAGCAUGACCCCUGUGGCCCCCCAUUACUCCUCAAAGUUCAUGGACACCAAUCCCUCUGGCCUAGACCCCAACGCCUCUGUUUACCAGCCACUCAAAAAGUGAACGCUUCGUCCUGUCCCUCUCUCCCCUCCAUCCAUCCUCCCAUCAUUUUUAGUUUUCCUGCAGGCCCACCACCUUGCGGCAGAGAACUUAUUUUUUGUUCUCUCCUUGCCAGGUCAGAAGGAUGUUGUAUUGUGUGACUGUAUUUGUUGUAGUUAAAACAAAAGACAAAAAAAAACUUAAAACGGACAUCCCAUGUCAACUAGGAAGCCCCAGGUUUUUUUUUUUUUUUUCUUAAGUGUCUAGUGAAACCUCACAGAAUCGGGUAUGUAUCUUCAUCUCAAGGGUGUUGCUUCCCCUUUCCCUUCAACACUGCAACCACUUACCUGCUCCUUGGUCCUGGGAAGGAGCUUCUGUAUUUUUUUUUAGGUUUAUUACUCCCUCCUAACAUUGGAAAACAGUUCUCCUUUAUCAUACAGCCUGACUUGUGUCCCAAUUUUUUUGACCGAUUGUUAUUCUCUCAAAAUAGUAUGGCAACAUCUUUACAACCAGAGGAAUGUAGUGCAAAGAUGGCACAGACUCGCCCGUUAUGUUUAAUUUAUUAUUUUAAUCUACAAUCAGACAUCAAAUUAAGCCUGUUCACAGCUGCUUUGGGAUGUGGUGGUAAAUAGCUUUUAAAGUGUAGUGUGGUUCUAUUUGUUCAUUUUAAAAUUAAUGUGUUGGUUGCAACAAGUUGGAAAAGAACUUGUAUUGUAAGCGGAUACUUAGACCUUAAAAUGAAAUGAGCCCAAGCAGUUGCAAAUGCAUCAUUGACAACAGUUUUGGUUUCUCCAAACCCAUAGCUGGUUGUAUUUUCUGAAAGAGUUUAGAGCUGACAAGAGUGCAGUAGGAGAACUCUGUACAUGUACGUGUACAGAUUUUCAGUGCUCUCGUUGCAUAAGCUUUCAGCAGUUGUCAUGAUCACAGUGCCUUGAGUUGAGGACAUAGAGUGAGUUUGAUAAUGAGAUACCACCCAUACCUUCUGAAUUAGUUGUGAAGCAUCUGGCUAAGCUGGAAAGGAUAAGAAUUUGACCAUACCCAGUGAAGUGGGACAAAGUUCCCUUCGGACACAGAUUUGUUUUUUGGACAGCCUUCUGAUUUCCCCGCUGGUAGGGAAGCUGAUCAUCGUGCGCAUUCGAGGGCAGCUUUGACCCUUCUCAUACAAACAUCACAUUUACCAGAUACGUUGGACAGCACCAAAUCCAAGACUUUUAAUUUUCUCUUUUUACGUAAUUUGUCAGUAUGUUGACAUGAUGGUAACCACCACAGUCUACAGCCCCGUCACAUGUCCUAACAGAAGCUCAUCUCUGCUGCUGUUAAACCCCAAAUCCUCUGAUUUAGCUGCUGCCCCCUCCUUUCUUUCUGAUUCCCA